AUGCGCGGCCUCACUGAUAAAAGCUUUGUUGUGCCAUCUGCUUACACUAAAAGUUCUCUUUUUCUUGUCACUCUUGAUCUCUCAAACAAUCUAUUGAACUCACCGGUUGUAUUUCACUGGUUUUACAACUUUUCUGCCAAUCUUCAAAGACUUUCCCUAACGAAUAAUUUGUUAGAAGGUCCCAUUCCAAAUGGAUUCGGAAAAGUUAUGAACUCUCUCAACUUUCUUGAACUUGGCUAUAACAAACUAAGAGGCGAGAUUCCAGCUUCCCUUAGGUUUCUUUACCAGUUGCAGUAUCUUUUUCUUGAGGAGAAUUACUUGGAGGGUGAUAUCAAUGAACUGCGUCUCACAAAUUUAUCCCAAUUGAAAUAUCUAGAUUUAUCAGACAACUCAUUGUCUCUGAAUUUUGCUACCACUUGGACUCCACCUUUCCAAUUAGUUAGUUUGGGACUAGCUUCUUGCAAGUUGGGUCCUAGCUUCCCAACCUGGCUCCAAACUGAAAGUAAGCUAUGGUUCCUUGAUAUUUCAGAUGCGGGGAUUGAUGACUUUGUACCAGAUUGGUUUUGGAAGAAGUUAAAGUUUAUAAAUAGGAUGAAUAUGUCUUACAACAGUCUCAAAGGUUCAAUUCCAAAUUUAACGAUGAAGUUUCUCUGGGAUGAAGGUCCGAUUCCAACUGCAAUGAUUCUAAAUUCAAAUAAACUUGAAGGUGUAAUUCCUACAUUUUUGUCACAAGCUCAAGCAUUGGAUCUGUUAGGAAAUAAGUUUUCAGAUUUAAAUACAUUAUUGUGCAGAGAUAGAGUAACAAAAGGUAUGAUUACUUUGGAUUUAUCAAAUAAUCAAAUAACGGGGCAACUGCCUGAGUGUUGGGAACAUCUAAGCUCACUAGUAUUUCUUGAUCUAAGAAAUAAUAAAUUAUCUAGAAAGAUUCCACAAUCCAUGGGUACUCUUGUUAACUUGGAGGCUCUGGUCCUACGAAACAACGAGUUUAUUGGAGAACUGCCACUCACAUUGAAGAAAUGUUCAAAAUUAGCUUUAUUAGACGUGAGUAAAAAUUUAUUGUCUGGUCCAGUACCUUUUUGGAUAGCGGAAAAUAUGCAACAAUUGAAAAUCCUGAGCUUGCGAGUAAAUCACUUCUUUGGAAGUGUUCUCGUGCAUCUGUGCUAUUUGAGUCAAAUUCAGGUCUUGGACCUCUCAAAGAAUAACUUGUCAGGUGAAAUUCCAACAUGUUUCAGAAAUUUUACCACAUUGUUGGAAAGGAGAGCAAUUCCAAGGGAAAUUGAAAGGAAACGAAAAUUUUCAACUCAAGACGCAGAUAGCCAAAUUUAUGACUCUUACUUGUUAUUGGCGUGGAAAACUCAGGAUCAUGAGUUUUGGAAUCCAGAGAAUCUUCUUAAGAGCAUUGACCUCUCAAGUAACAGUUUAACAGGUGAAGUACCCAAAGAGAUUGGAUAUUUACUUGGAUUGCUUUCUCUGAAUUUAUCAAGAAACAACUUUUAUGGAAAGAUUCCUUCUGAAAUUGGGAAUUUAAGUUCGCUGGAAUUCCUAGACUUAUCAAGGAAUAACUUCUCUGGCAAUAUUCCUUCUACUUUUCCCAACAUAGACAGUCUUGGAGUGUUAGACCUAUCAAACAACAAUCUAAGUGGAAGAAUCUCAUGGGGAAGACAUUUUGAAACCUUUUGA